GUGAGUGACAUCAGAGCAGGGAGAGUAUAAACACCAGCAGGACCUACUCAGGGCUUUAAAACCUGCAGGCAGGCUGCUGCCUCCAAACUGCCUGGGGGGUGAUGUGCUGAAGCGUCGGCAGCGAGCGCAGCAUGGGGCUCCAGCUGGAGAGGCAGCUUCUCUUCUUCUCCCUUCUCUGCACCCUUUCCAAGGUGUGUGCCCAGCUGUGCCAGAGACCAUGCUACUGCCCCUGGGCCCCCCCCCGCUGCCCCCGCGGGUCCCCCCUCGUCCUGGACGGCUGCGGCUGCUGCAAGAUCUGCGCGCGGCGCCUGGGCGAGCCCUGCGACCUCCUCGCCGUGUGCGACCAGAGCCAGGGCCUCGUCUGCGACUACAGCGCGGCGCGCGCGGGCACGGCGGGAACCUGCAACUUUGAAGACAACGAGGAGGGCUGCGAAGUGAAUGGCCGGGUCUAUCAAGACGGGGAGGCUUUCCAGCCCAGCUGCAAGCUCCAGUGCCACUGCCUGGAUGGAGGUGUCACCUGCGUCCCACUGUGCCAGGAGGACGUCCGCCUGCCCACCCCGGACUGCCCCUACCCGCGGCGCGUGGACGUCCCGGGGAAGUGCUGCCAGGAGUGGAUCUGCGAGCCCCGGGAGCGGCCGCUGCUCCAGGACGCCGCGGCAGUGCCCCGGGCCCCAGGGCUGGCGCUCCCCUUCCCCUGCGAGGAGUGGAGCACGGCGUGGAGCGCCUGCUCAGCCACCUGCGGCAUGGGCUUCUCCACCCGCGUGUCCAACCAGAACCGCUACUGCCGGCUGGAGACGCAGAGACGGCUGUGCGUGGUCAGGCCCUGCCAGGCUCCGCCGGGAGCAUCCCCUGUGAGGGGAAGAGGAGGUCGCCUGUAGCCGUGCUCACCCCGUCCGCAGCCUGGAGCCAACGCCUCGUCCCGGCAAAGAGUCUGACACAAGCCCCCGGCACUGUGGUUUUGGUGGAGGUGGAGGACACAUCCCCUGGGAAACUAGGGAAGAACGGAUGGACCUUGGCUGCACAGGAGGGUGGAGAGUCGAGACUAAGGCCUCGUUCAUCCGGCACCUGCCCCCUCGUGUGCACCCCGGUUCCCCUAGGCAGGGCUGCUGGCCGGCGAGGAAAGCGUCCCCGAGGCCCGGCCCGUGCAGCAGCAGCGCGCCCGUAUCGCAGCUCGGGGCUGUUACUGCAACACGGCCACUGCGGCGAUGCUUUGUGGUUAGGGCGAUUCCCAGGCCAAGGCUUUGGGAAAGCCCUUUGCAGAAGAGGACAGGGAGGAAGCAGUGGGGAGGUGGCUGGGCCAGCUCUCCCCUGUGGUCCUGGCCACACCAGGAGGGACUCUCGAGUGGCCGGUGCCCUGGGGACCAGCCUGCCAGCUGAAGUGUGGGCAGGGUGGCCACCCGCACACACAGCUCCCUCAGGUCCCCCGGCAGCAGGUCCAGCCCCAAACCGGGCACCAUCCUGCAGCUGCUUCCAGGUUUCUCUGGGGGGACAUCAAGCCAGGCCAGGGAUGCAUCCUGCCCUGUUUUCACCAUCUGGGCUGUGCCCGCUCCUCCUGAGAAGCGAGACGGCAACCUGGGCUCCCCAGGGGACAUCGUGCGGCACGGCCUCGUGCAAAGGUCUGGGGAAAUGGGGAAAUUCCUGCCUCCGAGCAGGAACCCACCCGAGAAACUGGGAAUUGCUCCUUCGCAGGAUGGGUGCUGGGACUGGCGGGGUUUUAGAGCGGGCCAGGUGAUGCCGUUCCUCCGCCGCGUGCCACGCGCACAGCUCUGCUCUGUGGCUACGCGGGGGCUGAGAGAGACCGCCUCAAGCAUCAGGUAGACCAGAUCCCUCGCGGGACCCGCUCUGCCCGACCCACCAGGGACGGAGCGGGCAGGACGGGCCUCGCACCACAGGUUAUCUCCACUUCGGGUUGCACAGCUCCACAGUUCGCACACACUCAGUUAUCCCACAAUACCCGCCCAGCAAACAAACGGCCGCGUUUCUGGGCAUCGGCAGAGGCGUCCUCCUCAUGGCAGCUCCAAUUCACCUUCCCCGCAUCUCUCCAGAAUAAACACAAACCUUCCUGCUC